CUUUUGUUUCAUUGAAGGGUGUCGAAACCUCAGAAAUCAGACGCAAGUGUAGAUGAUAGCUCGUAUCUCACAUAAUGUUGGUUGCGAAUGUGGUGGACGGACUGCAAUGCCACAGCGCCAAGAAAUAGGGUCCAACACCAACCUCGGCUGUCCAGCUUCAUCAUCGCACCCCUCCAGCGUCUUCAUUCUGGGACGCAAUUUGCAAAAUGCCAGACACUACACUGGGCCUUGAUCUGGCCUCAAAAAAGUUGAGGAAACGGCAGGACUAUCCGUAUCGCCUGGAUUACCGAACAAGAUGGGCCGACAACGACAUGUUCCACCACCUCAACAACCCCAUCUACGGCGUCCUAAUUGACUCAAUAAUCAACGAAUACCUCAUGACGCGGGUGGGCUACAACACGACCACAUACCCGCGCACGGCGCUCGUCGCCAACACAUACUGUGACUACUUCGGGCAAUUACAGUAUCCAGGGAUGCUCGAGCUGGGCCUGCGUGUUGUCAAGCUCGGGAAGAACAGCGUCAUGUACGAGGUGGGCUUCUUUAAGGAAGGGGACGACGUGGUAAAGGCGGUAGGCGGAUUUGUGCAGAUAUGGGUUAUGAGGGAUGGUGGAAAGGCGCCGAAAGAGGGGCUGGAGCCGGAAGUGCGGGAGAAGCUGGGGGAGCUGAUGCAGCCGGGGUUGAGGGAGAGGAGUAGGCUUUAGAGGCUGGUGAGCAACGUCAUGUUCAAGGUGAUAUUCGAUGACUCGUAUUUUCAUCGUGUACACGUAUAAUGGUUUCUAGAAUAUAUGCAUCCAUCUAUAACAGAUUGGC